UACGGAACGCAAAUGACCACUGCUUAUAGAAUUUGCUCCCACACGGACACAUUUACCAUUCAUUAGCUACGUAGCGGCGAUGGCAUCUCUGAGGACGGCACUUCAUGGACGGUUCAUUCAAGCCAUCCCCUACUCUAUGGGGUCUUUGCGGUUUGCCAGCUCAUUCAAGGCCGCAGACCUCACUAUCGAGCGCAACACUGCGGGGAAGCCCAAGCCAGACCCCGCCUCCCUGGUGUUUGGCAAGCAGUUUUCAGACCACAUGCUGACCAUCUAUUGGUCAGAGAAAGAGGGCUGGAAGGUUCCCCAGAUCAAGCCCUUUCAGAACCUGUCGCUGCACCCUGCCACCUCUGCCCUGCACUACUCCAUAGAGCUGUUUGAGGGCAUGAAGGCGUUCAGAGGGGUGGACAACCACAUCCGUCUGUUCAGACCCAACCUGAACAUGGAGAGGAUGCACCGCACUGCUGACCGCAGCUGUCUCCCUUUGUUUGAUAAGGUGGAGCUGUUGGAGUGCAUCAGGAAGCUGGUGGAGGUGGACCAGGACUGGGUCCCCUACUCCCUAGACGCCAGCCUCUACAUCAGACCCACCUACAUUGGGAUUGAGCCUUCCCUGGGUGUGUCGAGGUCCAGCCAAGCCCUACUAUUUUGCAUCGUGGGUCCUGUAGGGCCCUACUUUACCACAGGGGCCUUCAGCCCAGUCUCUCUGCUGGCAGACCCAAGCUAUGUCAGGGCCUGUAGAGGGGGGGUCGGAGCCUACAAGAUGGGGGGUAACUAUGGGCCUACUAUAUCAGUGCAGAAUGAGGCCAUAAAGCAGGGCUGUCAGCAGGUCCUGUGGCUGUAUGGAGAGCAGGAGGAGAUCACAGAGGUCGGCACCAUGAACCUCUUCAUCUACUGGACGAAUGAGGGAGGAGAGAGAGAGUUGCUGACUCCUCCUCUAGAUGGCAUCAUUCUCCCAGGAGUCACCAGACAGUCUCUGCUAGACCUGGCCAGAGAAUGGGGAGAGUUCAAAGUGACAGAGCGCACCAUGGGCAUGAAGGAGCUGCUCGGUGCUCUGGACUCAGGCAGGAUUACGGAGGUGUUUGGUGCCGGGACGGCCUGUGUGGUCUGUCCCGUCGGCAGCCUGCUCUACAAAGGGAAGACCUACCAAAUUCCUACAAUGCAGAAUGGUCCAGACUUGGCCAAGCGAUUCCACAAAGAGCUGACAGACAUGCAGUAUGGCCGGAAACAGAGUGAAUGGGCACCACUGGUCGUUUAAUUGGCAGUUUGCACAUACCAAUCAUAUCGCGACCAGUCCCCCGCUCCAUCUUCAAGACCAGCAGUUUCAGCACAACCCAUAAUGCACUCCUUCUGAUAGGCUGGCAGACCGGCAGAGAUGAACAGGUCACGUCUGUUACUCUUGGUGUUUCUGCAGGGACUUGUAAAGGGAUAGGGUUAGUCUGUCAUUCAAAUGUUGCAACUUGCAUGGAAUACCGACAGUUACACAAUACUGUAUAAGUAAUGCUGUGAAACGUCCGCAGCCUCGGUUCAACCAACCUAGUCUGUAUUUCUGUGUUAGGAACAAAGUCAGUCUUUUUCUUAUUCAGUCCUUUAUCAUACUGUAGCACAGGUUACAGAAGAAAUCGUCCUCCAAGCUUUUUAAUAAACACUACCUGAGAUGGUCUAUAGGGUUGUCCAUGCUAUUAGACACAAACUGAUGUAUUGUUGUAAUAGUUUAAAUAUGCAAUAUGCACAACUAUUGUAGGGGAUUACUGGUAAGUUAUUGGUCAUUUGCAAUAUGGGAAUAACUUUUACAGGUACUUAAUAGGAACAAUUGAGUGUUAAACAUUUUCACUGGCUGACAUAAGGAAUAUGUUGACUGUACUAUUAUUAAGUGACUGUAGGAACGGAUCAGAUCAAAACCACGUCACGGGAUUUGUUACUUUCUAAAUAUCACUAUAACCUGAGGAAGUAGAAUAUGAUUUAAAAUACUUUUUGUUGUUGUAGAACCCAUGUAUAUCAGGAAUACAAAUGGUUAUUUAUACAUAGCAUAUUGACACCAGAGGUGCUUUUCAACAAUCUCCUAGAAAUGAGUUUACACUGACCUUAGUUUGAUUUAAGUCAAGUGUGUGACUGAGCAGAAGAAAGUCAGUCAAGUGAUCGUGUGUGUCUUUCUGGGGCGGCAGGGUAGCCUAGUGGUUAGAGCGUUGGACUGGUAACCGAAAGGUUGCAAGUUCAAAUCCCGAGCUGACAAAGCUGUCGUUCUGCCCCUGAACAGGCAGUUCAGGGCAGUCAUUGAAAAUAAGAAUUUGUUCUUAACUGACUUGCCUAGUAAAAUAAAGGUUCAAACAUUUUUUUUUAAAUUCUGGGUUGGAAAGAUGCCACUAAGAAAGUGAUGUUGAAAAGAUUGAGAUUAAAAUGGAGAGGUCCAAGUGAACAAGCAUACACAAAGAGGAUAGCUAUAGCUACAUGAUAUACUUAAGCAAUAAGGCCCGAGGUAUAUGGCCAAUAUACCAUGGCUAAGGGCUGUUCAUAUGCGCAACACAGAGUGCCUGGAUUCAGCCCUUUAGUCUUGAUAUUGGCCACAUACCACAAACCCCUUUGUCUUAUUAAGUAAUAAGGCACGAGGGAGUGUGGUAUAUGGCCAAUAAGGGCUGUUCUUAGGCACCACGCAUCGCAGAGUAUUUAUUGUAGACUUCAGAGUAUGAGAGAGACCAUGUUCAAUAGAUGCUAUAGACCGACUUCUGCACUAGGUUGUGUGUAAUCAUGUAAACUUAAGGUAACAACAAUGAGUAGUUAGUUAUUUGUCUGUGGGAUUUUCUUGUCAAUUGGAACAACAGUCUUCCCAAUUAUUAACUGUAUAUCCAGGUUUAUGUCCUCACCCUGCUGCUUUCCUUUCUAUUAAUGUAUUUGCCUCUCAUAUCGCUUGGUUUUCUCCAUUCCUCCCUAAGUGCCUGACCGGGUGUGUGGACUGUCGUUGUCCUGUGGAUCUAACUUGUUUGUAGUUGUUGCACUAGGCUAUCCUGCUGGAUCUUUGAAUUUGUUGUGGGACAUUGUUACUAGAUUUUUACAAUAAACUCCAUCUGUGUUCCAUU